AUGGUGGACUUCAACGAGAGUCUGGCCAAAGGCAAGAUCCCAGAGGAGUGGCUACACAGCUACCUCAUGCCUCUUCCUAAACUAGGCAAAGACCACUCCAACAUCAAGGGAUACAGAAUCAUCACCAUGCAGAACACGUAUGGAAAGAUCCUGGAAAAGACUGUGGACAAAAGGCUGGCAAAUUACCAAGAAAAGAAAAAGCUCCUCCCAGACGGCCUUGGAAGCUACAUACCAGGGAAAGACACCUGCACAAAUACAGAUGUUUUAGCCUUUGAUGCAUUUGAAGGGUUCCAGAGAAAGGAGGAGACAACAAUGGCUGCUAUAGAUCUAGAUGAUGCUUGCAACCGAGUUGAUUACGGCAUGCUCAUGGAUCUCCUGAUAGAAAUGGAUGUUGACCCCUGGUUGGUACAAUGGAUCUCCGAGACUCUGUUUGAGAGGAAGGUGGCGCUGAGAAGUGGGCGAUGCUAG